AUGCAGCUGACACUCUGCAGGCUCCGGACUCACCAGUGGUGCUUCAUUCUCUUUAACGUUUUGCUUUUCCACCUGCUGCUUUUUGGAGCAGAUUUACUGGAGGAAUACUUCCUGCGGGCACUACCUCUUUCCUACACCGAUGCAAAGACUCUGGAAAUCAGGGAGAGGGCCAGGAAGCUUGAUAGGGAUUCUCUAAAGGCCAACCUCUCCCACACUGUCAGCAGUGCAGCAACAUGCUCCGAACAAGAGAUAUUUUUGCUUGUUCUUGUCUGCAGCAGCCCAGAAAACAGGACAAGGCGCAACGUGAUCAGGCAGACGUGGGGCAAUGUGACAGACACCAGAGGUUAUGCUGUCCUUACCCUGUUUGCCUUAGGAAAGCCAGCUUCAGUAACCACCCAGCUGGAGAUCAACGAAGAGUCUCAAAAGCACAGAGACAUUAUUGAAGGCAGUUUCAUUGAUUCUCCUGAGACACAGACACAGAAGAUGUUGAUGAGCUUGGAGUGGACAGUGGCUUUCUGUCCCCAGGCGAGGUAUAUCCUUAAAACAGACGAGGACGUGUUUGUCAGCAUUCCAAGUCUGGCUGGAUACUUGCUUAGCUUACAGCAACUCGAGGACAUUUACAUGGGGAGGGUCAUUCAUCAAGGAAUGCCCAUCCGAGCCCCCGGGAGCCCUGGCUUUGUUCCCAUGCAUCAAUACUCAGAGGAGUUUUACCCGGACUACUGCGACGGCAGCGCUUUCGUCAUGUCCCAGGACGCCGCUCGCAAGGUCUAUGUGGCUGCCAAGGAGGUGCCAGUUUCAGUGCCCCCUGAUAUUUUUGUUGGGAUCUGUGCUAAGAAAGCUGGCAUCACUCCCGUUCACAGCUCUCGUUUUUCUGGGGAGAAGCACAUCAGCUACAAUCGAUGCUGCUAUAAAUUCAUUUUCACCUCUUCCAACAUGCAAGAGGACGAGCUAUUUAAAGACUGGAAGGAAACAAGCAAUGGGGAGGCUUGCUCGUUGCUGGAGACCUAUUAUGGUCUGGUGUCCUGCAAGGUUCUGACCUAUAUUGAUAAGCUCAAACAGUUUAACAUGGAUAGAAUUAAAAAUGAGCUUCUUCAUUACAUCGACUAAGAUUUGACUCGUGUGAAGCAAGCCUGAGUUUUCUUUUCCCAGCUGUUCUAUCUCGCCAGCGUUUAGCAGCAGCCAUCUCUCCUAGUUCUCUCCCCUUC